AUGGGGAAAUGGAGGAUUACAAUGCUCUUGUUAUCCAUGGGAUUGUUUGUUUUUAGUGUUGGAGCAGCAGAUUAUCAUCCUCAUGUGAAUUAUAAAGCAAAGCAAGCUACUUUGGAAGUUCAUAAGAAGUUGAAGCUUCUCAAUAAGCCCCGCGUGAAGACUAUUAAGAGUGAAGAUGGAGAUACCGUUGAUUGUGUUGACAUCUACAAACAGCCUGCUUUUGAUCAUCCAGCGUUGCAGAACCACAAAAUUCAGUUACAUUUAACUGAGUUAAUAGAACAUUUGAUUGUUUACAUAUUUUGUGAGGGAUUUCGUUGUGAUUUAUGUGUAUUAAUGUUUUAUGAUUGGAAAAUUAAUGAGGUUAAUUAUGUAUUGCAGAUAACACCGAAUUUUCGAGAGGCUUCUACUCCAAGCCCUAGUUCUAGUCCCAGUCCCAGUGCAAGUAAUCAUGUACAAAAUGAUCAUAAUUCUUCUCAGCAAGUAUUAUCUCAAAUUUGGCAGAGGAGUGGUAGUUGUCCAGAUGGAACCAUUCCGGCUGCUAUCCUUGUAACAGUUGGAUAUAGUUAUAUAGGUGCUCAAGGAGAUAUAAAUAUCUGGAACCCAAAAGUUGAAUCGCCAGAUGAGUUCACUACUGCUCAAAUAUGGCUCAAGAAUGGACCUGGCAACGCCUUUGAAAGCGUUGAAUCAGGCUGGGUGGUAAAUCCGAAGGUAUAUGGUGAUGGAUCAACUCGACUUUUCGUGUAUUGGACUAAGGACGCAUACAAAUCAACAGGCUGCUUUGAUCUUACUUGCCCAGGAUUUGUGCAAACGAACAAAGACAUAGCCCUCGGCAUGGCCCUUCAACCUAUUUCAUCUGCUUCGGGUCCGCAGUAUCAGACCACCUUCAGCAUCACCAAGGACUUCCACACGAACAACUGGUGGGUGCGCGUCGGCCAAAACAUCCCCGUCGGAUACUUUCCCGGAGAGCUCUUCUCUUACCUGACAAAGGGCGCUGCAUCUUUGGUUGAGUGGGGUGGGGAGGUGUACAGCUCCAAGAUUAAGAAAAACCAUCCACACACUGCAACUGGAAUGGGAAGCGGUGAUUUUGCAUGGAAUAAAGAGGGGAAUGCAUGUUAUAUUAAGCAAAUUAGGAUCAUAGAUUACUCACAGCAGCUCAAAUAUCCUGAGUGGGUAGGGACUUUUACAGAUGAAGAGUAUUGCUACGCUGCAGUGAACUAUGCAGCUUCACUUGCUGAAGAACCUGUGUUUUACUUCGGCGGCCCGGGUUUACAUCCUCCUGAUUGUAACUGA